GAAUCACAUGAUUACACAGGUAUUUUCUCACACCAAGUGUAAAAGUGAUUAAUAAUUUGAUAUCUAAUUAUUGAACAAAUAAUAAUUUAUUAUUAUUAAUGUUAUGUUAUUGAUUUAACAAUAAAUCAAGUCAAAAUGCAAAGCAAUUUGCAUAGUUACAUUUUAGAUUCAUCUAUGGCAAUUAAAUUAGUUAUGGGUCCAAUCAACGAUUACCCAGAACAUAUGCUAAUAGAUAGUCUUAAUAUAUGGCAUGAAUUUAAAGUAAUUAAAGGUGCACUGUACGACAAGGAAGAUGUAUUAAAAGGUAUAUUAAAUUCUGUAGAACCGGCGCACUUGUUACCGGUGAAAUAUCAAGUGCGAGGAGAAGACUCAUAUUUUAUAGCCAACAAUUGUGGUCCUGCUAUUGAAAGUUUAUGCAGAUCUAGUUUAAUCAUUAAAAUUCCAGACGGUAAUCAUCUGAUUUUAACAAUUGUCUUGGGCUUUGCCCUGGUUACUGAUUUAACCAUUAACAUUCAACCGCUUCUUCUAAAUACUUUGACUAAAAGGUAUGAUUUUAAUAAAAAAUUAUUAGAUUUAGAAGCAUUCCAUAAGGAUGCAGAUUUAUAUAAAACUAUUUACUGUCCCUUGUCUCAUCAGACUAAUUUGGAACACAUAUUAACAGUCGCUAAAAGUAAAUUUACCACAAUUAAAUAUUUGAAUUUGAAGCGUAAUGAAUUGUCUAUAUUAGACGGUUUAAAAUUGUUAGACUUAAAUUCUUUGAAAUAUUUAGAUUUAAGAUACAAUAAUUUAUUAAAUAUGAAAGAUCUUAAUAUCUUACAAGAUGUAAUGAUUAGAAAACUUUGGUUAGAUGGUAAUCCAUUAUGUGAAAAUUAUUCUAGUGCUAAACAAUACAUAAGCUCUGCGAUGAUUUACUGCCCUCAUAUAAUUGAGUUGGACGGUGCAUCUGUAUGUAAUUCUACUUGUCCAAUAACACAUAAUGAGUACUUCAAAAACAAUACAAGACGUGAACUUGUAUAUAAGUUUGUUAGACAUUUUUUUAAUUUAUUUGAUCAAGAGGAUAGAAAUAUUUUAAAAGGAUUAUAUGGUAAACAGGCACUUUAUUCUUUAAGUUUCAAUAUUCCAUUUUCUGUCGCUCAUAAAAAAAAUUUAGUGCAAUAUACUAAAAGUAGAAAUAUUUUAAAAGUAACAAAUUCAAAUAAAAGACGUAAAUUUUUAUACUAUGGAGAAAAUAAUAUAUUAAAUACUAUCAAUGAAUUACCAAAAACUUAUCAUUACCAAAACUCAUUUCAAUAUGAUCUGAUGUAUGAGGACAAUGAACGUUUAAUGAUAUCGGUUACCGGAUUAUUUAUGAAUAAAAAUGACAAUAAUCAAAUUCUAUCGUUUAAUAGAACUUUUGUUUUAUGGAUUGGUCCUGAUAACGAAUAUAAUAUUAUAAAUGAUCAGAUAUGCAUUAACGAUGCUCCAGAAAAUCAAACUUUAAUUAAUACAAUUAUUGAAUUAAAUGAUACAGAUAGUACAGAUAACAAGGACUUUAUACCAGAAUGUUUUAGCCCAAAAGAGAAGUGUGAAAUAAUAACAGAAUUUGAACAAAUCAGUAAAUUAAAGAAAGAGUGGUGUGAACAAUAUUUGCUUAAGGAACACUGGAAUUUGCGACAAAGUAUUCAAAAUUUUAUGAUAGAUUUUAAAAACAACGCUCUACCGUUAGAUGCUUUUAAUACUUCAAUUAUAAAUUCUCGCUAAAUGAAAAAAAAAAAAACAUAUAUUUGUAAGUUUUGUAUAUAAAAACA